CGCCGCGCCGCCACCGGGUCGCCGCUGGGCCGUCGGGACUCACGGGGAGCCCCGUGCGCCCGCCCGGACCAGGCUGCCCAGAUGCGUGCGCCACUCUGCCUGUUGCUGCUCGUCGCCCACGCGGUGGACAUGCUCCCUCAGAACCGAAGGAAGAAACAAGUGGGCACUGGUCUAGGAGGCAACUGCACAGGCUGUGUCAUCUGCUCAGAGGAGAACGGCUGCUCCACCUGCCAACAGAGGCUCUUCCUGUUCAUCCGCCGGGAAGGGAUCCGCCAGUACGGCAAGUGUGUGCAUGACUGUCCCCCCGGCUACUUCGGCGUCCGCGGCCAGGAGGUCAACAGGUGCAAAAAAUGUGGGGCCACGUGUGAGAGCUGCUUCAGCCAGGACUUCUGCAUCCAGUGCAAGAGGCGGUUUUACCUGUACAAGGGAAAGUGUCUGCCCACCUGCCCGCCUGGCACCACGGCCCAGCAGAGCGCACGGGAGUGCCAGGACGAGUGUGAGCUGGGCCCCUGGGGCAGCUGGAGCCCCUGUACCCACAACGGGAAGACGUGCGGCUCGGCCUGGGGCCUGGAGACCCGCGUGCGGGAGGCCGGGCGGGCCGGGCGGGAGGAGACAGCCGCCUGCCAGGUGCUGUCCGAGUCACGGAAAUGUCCCAUCCGGAGGCCCUGCCCAGGAGAGGGAACCCCCAACCAGAAGAAGGGCCGCAGGGAGCGGCGCCCGCGCAAGGACCGCAAGCAGGACGGCAGGCUGGACGCGAGGCCCCGCCGGCCGCCCGUCUAGGAGCCCGGCCGCCCGGCUUUCCCUCUGGCCUCUUCGCUUUCCUGCGGCUCCUCCUCCUUCUCUCGGCCCUUCCUCUCUUUCCUCCACCUCC